GGCGGCCGUGCGCGGCUGUGCGCGGGGGAGACAGGCGCUGAUCCGUCCGCAGCUGCCCGCGACUCAACGCAUCCACCAACGGGGAGGGGAAGGGGGGGGGGAGGAGGAGGGGGAGGAGGAGGCUGCUGCAGCAGCAGCAGCAGCACACCGCGCGCGCGUACGAGAACCCUGAACCUCAGCCGGGCUCGCCAGCGGAGCCCUCCGCGUAUGGGCUCACCAUGCGCAGGAUACGGGCCAACGCCAUCGCCAUUCUGACCGUCGCGUGGAUCCUGGGGACGUUUUAUUACCUGUGGCAGGACAACAAGCCGCAGUCGUCGUCGUCGUCGCCUUCGUCGUCCGCGUCGCAGCCCCGCGGCAGGGGGGGCCAUGGGCAGAAAGUGGCCCCCGGUCGGCUGGAGAUCCACCGGGACGACAGGACAAUCCCGCUGAUAGUGAGCCGCCCCCCGCGGGCCGAGCAGCAGCAGCAGCAGCAGGGCCGGCUGCUGGGGGGCUUCGAUGAGAAGGCCUACCUGGCGGGCAAGCAGCUGAAGCCGGGGGACGACCCCUACCGAGAACACGCGUUCAACCUGCAGGAGAGCGACCGGCUGGGGGGCGAGCGAGCCAUCCGGGACACCCGACACUACAGGUGCGCCGCUGUGAGCUAUGACACGGACCUCCCCCCCACCAGCGUCAUCAUCACCUUCCACAACGAGGCUCGCUCCACCCUCCUGCGCACCAUCAGAAGUGUCCUCACGCGAAGUCCUGCGUCGCUCAUCCAGGAAAUCAUCCUCAUAGACGACUUCAGCUCGGAUUGUGAGUUCCUGUUUUCGACUACAUUGAACAAUGUGGCUUGCAAACGCCCCCCCCCCCCCCCCCCCCCCCCCCCAGGUCUCAUCCGCUCGCGGGUGCGCGGAGCCAACGCGGCCUCGGCCUCCGUCUUGACCUUCCUGGACAGCCACUGCGAGGUCAACGCCGACUGGCUGCAGCCGAUGAUCCAGCGCGUCAAGGAGGACCACACGCGGGUGGUCAGCCCCAUCAUCGACGUCAUCAGCCUGGACAACUUCGCCUAUUUGGCUGCUUCCGCUGACUUAAGAGGAGGAUUUGACUGGAGUCUCCAUUUCAAAUGGGAGCAGAUCCCCAUCGAGCAGAAAAUGGCGAGGAGCGACCCCACGCAGGCCAUCAGGACGCCCGUCAUCGCCGGCGGGAUCUUCGUCAUGGACAAGAGCUGGUUCAACCACCUGGGCCAGUACGACACCCACAUGGACAUCUGGGGGGGGGAGAACUUCGAGCUUUCGUUCCGGGUGUGGAUGUGCGGAGGAAGCCUGGAGAUUCUCCCCUGCAGCCGCGUGGGUCACGUGUUCAGGAAACGCCACCCGUACGACUUCCCAGAAGGCAACGCGCUCACCUACAUUAAGAACACCCGGCGGGCUGCCGAGGUGUGGAUGGACGAGUACAAGCAGUACUACUACUCGGCUCGGCCCUCGGCCCAGGGCAAGGCCUUCGGCAGCAUCUCAGACCGGCUGACCCUGCGGCGGAAGCUGAACUGCAAACCGUUCCGCUGGUACAUGGAGAACGUCUAUCCCGAGCUGAGGGUCCCCGAGCAGGAGGCGGUGUCCAGUGUGCUGAGACAAGGCGGCCUGUGCCUGGAGACGCGCGGGGCGGACGCCCUCGAGCUGGCGGAGUGCAGGGGCAUCGGAUCCAUCAGGCCGCAGGCGCAGAGAUGGGAGCUAAUAGAACCACUGCUCCGGCAGCAGGACCUCUGCCUGGCCAUCUCAGCCUUCACGGCGGGGUCAAAGGUCAAGAUGGACACCUGCAGUGCAAAAGAGCCCAGACAGAAGUGGAAGCCCAAAGGCACGGCUCUGCAGCACGUGGUCAGCGGCCUCUGUCUGGACAGCCAGGCCCCGACGGGCCCUCUGGUCGUCACACAGUGUCGCCCCCAGAUGGCCAGCCAGUCCUGGGAGCCGCAGAUCAUCACCUGAGCCGCUGCGAUUGAUGGAGGAGUGAAGGA